CCUGCAGGGAAAAUGAAGUAAUAUUUUCACUUGAUAGUCUUCAGUUUUGAUUUGAUAUGUUAUAAAUGUGUUCUUUGCAUUACUAUUUCAUUUACUUUUCACUUAUAUCGAUAUCUUUAUUAAUCUUAAAAUAUAUUCAGAUAUAAAGUAAUAUACAGAACGAUAUCUAUAGUGUGUAUUUAGUUAUUUGAAUAAAAAUAAAGAUAUAGGUUAUAAAUUUUAAGUUGUCAUUUUCACAAUGGACUUGUCAAAAAUUCCAAAUGACAAGAAACUAUACCUUUGCAAAUGGUAUUUUCGAGUUGGAUUUGCUCUUCUGCCAUUUUUAUGGGCUGUGAAUGCUGUUUGGUUUGUCAAAGAAGCUUUUUUUGCACCACAUUAUGAAGAACAAAAACAAAUUAAAAAAUAUGUAAUAUUCUCUGCAGUUGGGGCUACUUUAUGGUCAGCUGCUCUUUUAGCAUGGAUUAUCAUAUUUCAAACCCAAAGAGCAGCAUGGGGUGAAGUAGCAGAUUCUAUUAGUUAUAUAAUUCCAACAGGCAUUCCUUAAUGCUGUGAUAUAAAUGUCUUUAGUUAAAUUUUAAUAAAUAUUAUGUAUUUUCUAACAAAAAGUUUAAAAAAGACUGUUUUGUUCAUACUUGGUAUUUGACUAAAUAACAAUCUUCAGUGUUAUAAAAAAAUAUAUUAUUUAUUUAAAUGCAGUGAAAUUAAAUAUUUCUAAAACUUAAUAGUACAUAAAUU